AUGACGAAAACGAUCGCAGUCACUGGUGCUACUGGAACACAGGGAGGGUCCGUUGCUCGCGUGCUCCUGCAAAGCGGUAAUUGGAAGGUCCGAGCGGUCACACGCAACCCGAAAGGCGAGGCCGCUCAAGCUCUCGCUGCUCAGGGAGCUGAAGUUGUUGCUGCGGAUUUUAAUGAUGAAGGAUCAUUGGUGAAAGCUUUUGAGGGUGCCCACGCCGUAUAUGCGGUGACAAACUUUUGGGAGCAUCUCUUCUCCGGGAAAUCACAAUCUGAGGCUGGCGAGAUCGAAGAACAGCAGGCGCUGCUUUUGGCGAGGGCUGCAUCGCAGACGAAAACGCUGGAGCAUUACAUCUGGAGUACAAUUCCACCGGCGAGUGACCUGACUGGUGGCCGAUACCCCGUUCCGCACUUGGACCACAAAGCGAAGAUCGACCAACGAAUCCGUUCCGAGCUCCCGGACUUGGCUGUGAAGACCACGUUUCUCUACGUUGGCUUCUAUUCUUCGAACUUGGCCUUCAUUCCUAACAUCAAACCCUUCGAAGUUCCGGGAAGCGGCAAGUAUGUCCUCGCCCUCCCUACGAAGCCAUCCGCCACCAUUCCCAUCACCGGCGAUGUCUCUGUGACGGUGGGCUUGUGGGUGCGUCAAGUGCUCGCGAACCCCGGGAAAACGCUUGGGAAGUACGCCAGCGUGCACACGGAAGUCAUAAGUUUCGAGAAGAUGGCCCGGGACUGGAGCGAGGUUACCGGAAAGCCUGCCGUGUUCGCUGAGAUCUCGGUCGAGGGAUACGAACAGCUCUGGGGCGUGGCUGGACGUGAGAUUGCUGAUCAGCUGAAGUUCGGCGAACAUGUUAGUGAUUGGCAUGCUCACCUGGGGGAUUUGUACGUGAGCAAGGAGGAGCUGGGAAUUUCUCCAGAGGAAGCCAAGGGCUUCAAGUAUGCGCUGGAACAGCUCAAGGCACAUCUUCUCUGA